AUGGGAUCAUUAGCCAUUAAGAAAGUAUUUUCCCUUCUCAUCAACUUUGUCCUAUUUUCUCAGUUGGUUUUUUCACUGGAAGUGCCUGCCGUUUCUUCUAAUUCUUCCAAAGAAGCUACUGCUCUUCUUACAUGGAAAAAUAGCCUUCAAAACGAAUCCCAAUCCCACUCAUCUUCAUGGACUUCAGUUUCUUCUUCCACUCUAAACCUAAGUAGGAAUCCAUGCAAUAAUUGGCUUGGUAUUUCAUGCAACCUUGCUGGAAGCGUCGUCAAAAUAGACCUUGGCAACUCUAGCUUACAAGGUACGCUUCAUGGAUUUUCUUUUUCGUCAUUGCCCAAUCUUGCGUAUAUUGAUCUUUACAUGAACACACUUUUUGAGACAAUUCCACCUCAAAUUAGCUACAUGUCAAAACUUGAACAUCUCGAUUUGUCCUUUAAUCAGUUUUCAGGUAAAAUCCCACCUCAAAUUGGCUCCCUGUCAAAACUCAAAUAUCUUGAUUUGUCCUGUAAUCAGUUUUCAGGCAAAAUCCCCCAAGAAAUUGGCAAGCUAACUAAUCUUGAGGUCCUCCACCUUGCAUAUAAUAACUUAAACAGCUCCAUUCCUGAAGAAAUAGGGCGCCUAAACUUUCUAACCGAACUUUUACUUCACAGAAACCAUAUAGACGGUUCCAUCCCUUCUUCUUUAGGCAAUUUGACCAACUUGGUUAAUUUGCUUCUUUCUGACAAUGAACUUUCUGGUUUCGUUCCUUCAGAAAUGGGAAACCUCUCCAAUUUGGAUCUACUUUUCAUUCAUAGGAACUGUUUGAUAGGUCCAAUCCCUCCCACUUUUGGGAACUUGAAAAAGCUAAUCAGCUUGUCCAUGUUUGCUAAUUCAUUUUCCGGUCCCAUCCCUUUAGAAAUUGGAAAUUUGAAUUCCCUAAUGCAAUUAAGUCUUCUUCAAAAUAAUCUUUCUGGUUCAAUUCCACCAUCAUUAGGUGAUUUGGCAAAUCUUACCCUACUUCACCUGAAUAAUAAUAACCUUUCUGGAUCCAUUCCAACAGAAAUAGGAAAGUUGACUUCUCUCAUAUCUCUACAGUUGAAUGAAAACCAGCUACAUGGUUAUCUUCCAACUUCAUUUGCUAAUUUGAGCAAUUUGGUAAAUUUGACCCUUCAUGACAACCAACUUACCGGUCCUAUUCCUCAAGGAAUUGGAAAUCUCCUCAACUUGGCUUUUCUAAGAGUAGACACAAACCAAUUUAUUGGUAAUUUGCCUCAAAACAUUUGCCAUGGUUUAUCACUUCGGUACUUUGUUGCAAGCAACAAUCAUUUGGAUGGCCGAAUCCCCAAAAGCUUCAAAAAUUGCACAAGCAUAGUCAGAGUCUUCUUAGGAGAUCUCAAGUAA